UCUUCCUAUCUCAGAGUCCAAACAGCACAACACAUCUCAGUGUUCAGCAGCGUUAAGGAUGAACCAGAAAUCUCCUCAGCUGAUCUAUCUCUUCCAGGCAGUGCUGGUGGGAGCCAUCAUGGCCUGCAUGAUCCUGAUGAACCCGAUCCAGCCGGAUCUCCUGGUGCAGGAGGCCUGUGGCUGUAUGGAGUGUAUGAGAAAUGUAGAAGUGGAUCCCUGGUACGCUAAACGCUACAACAGCCAGGUGCCCAGACUUAUGUACACUCAAAACAGCAACCUCAGCAGCAGCACCGACAAAUGGUGGCAGAGUCUUCAGGGUCGACCCAAAAACAUGAACUACACUGCGAUUGUGGAGACGAUUUUCUCGAUGUUUCCUGAUGAAAAUCACCAUUCAGAUUCUGGUCCUGAUCGCUGCAGACUGUGUGCUCUGGUGGGAAACUCUGGCAACCUGGAAGGAUCUCAUUAUGGACCAUUAAUAGAUGCUCACGACUUCGUCAUAAGGAUUAAUGCAGGUCCUACUGAAGGCUAUGAGAGAGAUGUUGGCUCGAAGACCACCCAUCGCGCCAUGUACCCCGAGAGCGCUGUGGACAUAGACAACUCCACCCACUUCGUCCUGAUACCGUUUAAAAUGAUUGAUCUGAAGUGGAUCGUCAGCAUCUUCACCACCAAACACAUCACACGAAGUCCUAGAAAAGUGAAAAGCUCAGUACAAGCAAACAUGGACAAGGUGAUGAUCUUGCAUCCUGAGUUUAUAAAGUACGUCCAUGAAAACUGGCUGGAGAAAAAGGGCAGAUAUCCCUCCACUGGAUUCAUAAUGCUAGUCUUAUCACUGCACAUCUGUGAUCAGGUGAACGUAUUUGGAUUUGGUGCCAGUAAAAGUGGCGUCUGGCACCAUUACUUUGACAAAAAAUAUAAUGUUUUUCACAACACAAAUAACCACAAGGGAGGCAAUGAAUACAACCUCAUUCUGCAACUCGAGAAGAAGAAGUGGAUCCAUCUUUAUAAAGGACUUUAAUAUUCAGCCGGGAAUAAUUAUUUAUUGUAAUUUAUUGACUAUCAUAUGGAGUGACACUGUAUGUACUGUAUAAGGGAGAUGGGAGCAGUUUUAAAAAUAAUAUUACUGUGCUGAUUGUGACUUUUUUUGACUAAUUUAUAGAAUUAUCUUUCUAAGGCUGGGAUAUACAUGUAUCUAAUGUUGGUUUUACUAUAGCUGUAACUGAAAUGGAUGCACUAGACAGCAAAAAUCA